CCUUUUUCUGCCCUCCUUCAAGUCCUUUGCUACGUUCGCGAGUUCUAAUUCUAUGCACUAGUCUUCUAUAGAUUUUUUUUUUCACUGUCCCAGAGAUUUUCAGAGACAGAUCUUGGAUUGAUGCGACCCAAGUACUCAUAUGUACUGGAUGUAGUGAGAACGAGGCGGUUACUGUUGUCAGUCUCGGUUCGCUACCGAAGGAUUCGAUUACGUUUCCGAACACACGUCAACUUAAAUUUCUGCUCUCUACUACUUACUGCGAGCGACUUGUCUUUAUCUGUUCCGCGCUUCGAACUAUAUCCCAUCUACAAAACAAAGCCCCAGGUACCACAAAAUUCGACAAUUUUAGCUUGCUGUAAUGAUAUCUAAUCCCGUCGCUCUGGGGGAGAUUCUAGCCAGACAUGACUGGAUACCAACCUUCACCCAUCCACCUGACGUCGCCUCCCUUCUGCGCACCAACGACGCGCCAUCACUUCUACAGUCUGCUCGGCUGAAUGCGUCUUUGGAGAGCCUGAAAACGCCUCUCUCCGAGCUGCAGAGCGACCUUGAUCAGCUUCGCAGUGUCGUCGCGUCGGUAGAGUCUCGAAUGUCGCGUCUCCUGUCAUUCAAACACGAUUACGAGACAGUCCUGUCUCCAAUUCGUCGUAUUUCUUCAGAGAUCACGAUGGAGAUUCUACGCCGUGCGUGGAAAUAUAACGGAUCCGGACUCCCCAUGACCUUGGGAAGACGUCUUUAUGGAUUCAACGUCUUCGCAAUCCGAGGAGGGCCAUGGCAUCUUGGCCAAGUGUGCAGCUCGUGGAGAAAUGUUAUUGAAACACUUUGUCCGGAGCUAUGGGCGAACAUAACAAUCAUCGCCAAAACCUGGGCCAUGCGAUCCCAGUCAGACCAAUACAAUCAUCCACGAUGGAGUCCCUCUGAUCCGAUCUGGGCCAUCUGAGCAGAUCUUGCUAGUCGACGACAGGUGAUGCAGACCUUUGACCUCCAUGUCCGCAGUUCUGAGGGUGAUCAGCACAAGAUCAAGGAUACUCUAUAGAGUUCCCGGUGUUCUCUCAUGAUCUCUUCCGCUAUUACAAGUCUUCGAUCGAGUUAGGUAGACCUGUUCUGAGAGCGCACUGGGUAGAUACAAAGCAAUGCAACCUGUUCCCAGCCAUUCCCUUACAGUUGAUGCGCCGUAUUUGAUAAAGCAUAUUACAAUUCGUUAUAAACCAUUACA